AGGGACGCUAUCGCCACCACCACCAAAACCACCACCUUUUACCUUCUAUUGUGUUAGCUUGUAAACACAGGCAUCCGCCCUCCUCCUCUCUCCAACACCACGGCCAAAAGUCCAUCAUUCUUUCUCCUGCUCGCUUCCACCUCUGCGCUCUCGGGUGUUUUCCCUUCAGUAACUUGACCACAAGUACAUCUGUGCCCAGUACUACGGCAUUGUGGUGUCAGGAUACGCUGAACUAGUCGUCACAAAGUAAAAAUUUACUUAAAUCUGAGGUGUGCAUUGUCUGUGUUACGUUCGGCAUAAUCCUGUGGAGAGUGGGUGAUGCCAUUGUGCCACCGGUCCUCUGGAGUACAACUGCUGGUUGCGAUGGCGUGGUUUCAUCUGACCAGAGGGCGUGAAACGAGGCCGCAUGUGGCGUGUGUCGUGGUGAUGCUGGCGACUUGGUGGCUGGUGGCGAUGCCUGUUGAAGCUGGUUACUUGCAAGUAGAGAACCCUUUGGGGCUGCAGACUCCCUCAAACCAAAAGAACCUACACUUCGGGUUUUCCCUGAGCCACUACACCAGUAACAACCAGAGAUGGCUGCUUGUAGGUGCCCCAAAGUCCAAUGCCAGUGAACCAGAUGUGAAGCACUCAGGUGGGUUAUAUAAGUGCUUGCUGAGUGAGUCUAAUGAGGCUGGUGUGUGUGAGGAGAUGCUGAUUAACUUUGCCAAUCAGAAUUCUCCUCCUUGGGCCAAGAGCAACAAUACUGAUCAAGGACUUGGAUUUUCUCUUGCUUCUGAUGGCGAGGCAAUAGUGGUGUGUGCACCCCAGUGGUAUGCAGAGAGAAAAAAGUUCAAUGAAAGGAAUUACCUGCCAGUAGGCAUGUGCUUUGCUGCAAAAUCUCCUACUUAUGAAUUCAAGGGGUUUUCUCCUCCUUUUGAUGGACAGAAUGUUAGAAGUAUGAGUUAUUUGAAUACUGGAUCCUGCCAGUUUGGCAUUAGUGCUGCACAUUUAAAGGCUCAAAACACAUUUGCCUUAGGAGCACCAGGGUGCUGGACAUGGAGAGGAGAUACUUGGGAAGUUGGACUGGCUCCUGAUUCUGACAAGCAUGAUUUGAGGCACUUGGGAAAACAAAUUUUGCAAGAUGGUAACAUGAACACUAAAUGGGAAAACAGUUAUUAUUUGGGCUACAGUGUAGCCAGUUUCAAGUUUGCUGGUAAAAAUGGUAUUGUAUCUUCCAUACCUCGAAUUACUGAUGAGAGUGACCUGACAGAAGGAGAAGCGCUUGGACCAUCCAUUGUUGUACUAACACAAAACUCUGAUAAUAACACUCUGAAAGUCAGCCUGAGGAUCUCCCCAUCAAAAGUAAAUGUCGAUGAUAUCAGGUUUGCAUUCUUUGGAUAUUCACUUGCCACACUGGACAUGAAUGGUGAUGGACUGGAAGAUUUGGUUGUCGGUGCACCAUUCUACAAUAGUUCCAAAGACUUCUAUGACCAAGGAGCAAUCUUUAUAUACAUGCAGAUUGGUUCUGAGUAUGAUCCAUAUAAGAUGGAAGAAGAAGACAAUGCACCACAGAGGAAGGGAAGUGAAUCUUUCAGCCGUUUUGGGAGCUGUUUGGCUGCUAUUGGAGACCUGGAUGGAGAUGGUUAUGAAGAUCUUGCUGUUGGGGCUCCUUUCAUGACAGUAGGCUCUGAUGAAGAUGCUGGAACUGGAGUAGUAUAUAUUUACAUGGGUUCUGAAGAAGGUCUUGGAAAGGAUGACACAAGACAGAUGAUAAAAGCAGCACCAAAGCAAUUUGGAUUUGGUUCAUCCAUUGCACAGCAGCUGCCAAGUAUUGAGGGGCAAGGAUAUGAUUUAGCCAUUGGUGCUUAUGGCUCUGAUACAGUUCUAGUUUUCAAAUCUAAAGAAGUGGUGGAUGUCAUCUGGAGUAUGACAUUCAUUGGGAAAAUCGAUUUCAGUAAAGAUGAAUGUAUCUGUGAACAAUUUCUUCGGCUGUGUCCCUGUAUUGACUUGGAAGUUUGUCUGAUGUACCACAAAAAAAAUGUUAAAUAUGAAGACAAUAUAAAAUUAGGCUUCAAUAUAACUCUCAGUACAGUGAAUGAUGAACUUUUCUUUUCCAAUGAAAAGACUGAGCUUCAGGAAAAGUUUGAAGUUGAAGAAGAUGAAAACAAGUGUAAGAUAUUGAGCGUCCUGGCAAAGCCUGGCAUUGAAGAGAUAAGAUCGUUCACCAUUAUGGGACAUGUGAAUUUCAGCAAAGAGGAAAAAAGAGUAAUUAUUGAUCGCCAUUCUGUCAUUAGAAAAAGUGAAGACCUGCCCAUCACUAUCCACUGUAAUGCCAGUGACAUCUCCGGCUGCCAGAGUGAUGUCAUCUUUCAGUAUGAUAUAUUGGACAACUAUGUACUGAUGAGUUCGCAGUCAAUGAAGAUCCAUUUUAAAGUAAAGAAUCAAGGAGAGACAGCCUAUGAUUCAAAACUAAAUAUUCGCAGUAAUGAUGUUUUCAAAAUCAAUAAUGUUGAAAAUGAUGAGGUUGCAUGUGAAGAAAAUAUCAAGAAGGAAAUUGAGUGCAAACUAGGAAGACUUGACAAUAAUGCUAAGGUAUAUUUCAACUUGAGUCUGAUACCAACGCAAGAAUUCCUCUCCUCUCUGGACACCCAUGCUCCAUUCUUUAACAUGACAGCUGAAGUGACAACAUUGUCUGCUCUCAGCAACCCAGACACUGCUAUCAAGCAGAUUAAGGCUCCCAUUGAUGUACAAGGGUCACUACAGCUGAUUAAGCAGCCGUCUCAACCUGGUUUUGUGUACUUCAAUAGUUCUUCAUACUACAAGUCAGCUAAAGAAGCAAAGUCUGAGGAAGAAAUUGGACCAGACAUUAAGCAUACAUACAAGAUUCUGAAUGCUAAUAAAUUUAGCAUUUAUGAAGCUGAUCUGACUGUACAUUGGCCACAUACUAUUGAUGGAAAGUACUUCCUUUACUUGAUGGAGAAUCUUUCAGUCAGUGAAAUGAACCAUACCUGCCAUUACCCGAGUGGGUUAGUGGAUCCAUUUAAUCUAAAGGAUGACACACAGAAGCAAGGAAGUCAAACUCAUGAGGAGAAAACCAGUGCACUUAUUGGAAUUGGUGACAAGUCUCCUGAGUACAAGGAAAUCACUUGCUCAUUUGGAGAAAUACCUGCAGGUGAAGAGGUUACUGUAUCACUCAAGUCCAGAUUGGUGUUCAGAACUCUAAAAGAGCUUGAACUGGGCACAUCUGUGAAGAAUGCAUCAUCCUUUGUGGAUCUUCAGAUCACCAAGAUGCCUCUCAACCAUGACCCACCUCCUCCAUCAAGUUCUACCAUCAACACAAAAAUUUCAUAUCAGAAUGAGAAUCCAGAUGCAGUGGUACCUGUGUGGUUGUAUAUAGUGUCAACAUUGGGUGGCCUUCUCCUGCUGGGCAUCAUUGUUGUGAUCUUGUGGAAGUGUGGUUUUUUCAAGCGCAACCGCGCACAGACUCCAGAUAAUGUGGCUAAAAAUGAAGAGGAACAUCUGACAGAGGAAGGAAAGAUGGAACAGGUUAUGGAGCAAGAAGAGGAGCAAGAAGACAUUAAGACACCUGUCAGCCCUAUGCUGAAGGAAACUGAAAGUGCUGCUGCAGAUUUUGAGUUCCAUAGAGCAUGACAGUCAUUCAUGGUGCCUGGUGGUGAUCAUUACUAUCAUCACUGUCAUUUCAUGUGUGUCUUAUUUGUAAAUUAUAAUUUGGGACAAGUUUACACUCAGAAUCUGCUUUCUCAGUUUCUGUAUAAAACUUGAUUAAAUCAGUUUUACCUAGUAUUUUUAAAGGAUUAUUGUUGAUGUUACUUGUCAAAGUUGCUCAUUGGAUGAAAUUUUAUAUCUUUUGGUAGUUCUGAAAUGUGGAGGUAUUGAUAAAGUAUGGGAAUGGCAGGACAUUGUGAGAUUCGAAUUAAAGGACAUUUGAAAGGAAGGAAGCCAACCACUCAAGAUGAUGGUGAAAGAAUAUGUGAUGAGAAUGACAGGGGAAUAAGAUGCAAGGAUCAUAUCGAUUCAUUGAGUAAGUAGUAUACUUGCAAAAUCGAUAAUAUACAGGAGGUUCUUCAAUGCUUGGUUCAAUCACUUGAGGUUUGGUAUUGAGAAUGGAUGGUUUUGUCAAGUUAUUGGACCAAGGGCAAACCAGCUUUGCUAUUGAGCCCUGCUGCCUGAUCUUUAGGUAUACUAUGCAACUUAUCCUCUCAGUUUAUGUGGUGAGAAUCCAUGUUUUCUUUGCCUUGGGGCCAAGUGCCUAAGAUAUGAUGAAAUAUUUAUGAAUGUGUCUUCCUGUGCAUCUCUUGGUAAGAAUGAUUUUUUAAGCCUAUAUAACCUAUAGGUUUGGAUAAUCAGCUCUUAGGCUUAUUUAUGGAACCAUGAAUGAUCAGAUCCAACUUUUGGUGGUGCAUGCAAGAUUUUUUAAGUGAUGUCUGUUAAGACUUGUGCCACUCUGGGUACUUCAUGCUGCUUUCAGUCAAAGAAAGAGUAGAUAGUAGAUAGGUUAUCUUUCGCUAUUCAGCAAUUAUGAAAAAACUGUCAUUUUCUUCACUUUCCAGUGGGACUUGAACUCAGAAUCUCAAACUCACCACUUCCUCACACUAAUCCCUUAACCAUCACCUAUCCUGAUUUAAAUCAGGGCUCCUUCUAUGCCAGUCACCUUAAAUAUAUUUUACUUUACAUUUGUGAAACCCAUUGUUCACAGUUGUUUUGUAUGAUAGCUAAUCUUUAUUCAUCUAAUUUUCUGGUUUUCUCUCUCAUUAAGUGGUAAUAUUACCAUUAUCUGAGACUGCCUAAUUAAGAAAGAGCCCCACACCAUUAAUGAAUCUGAGGGAUGAAUGUCAAGAUCAGUAGCCUUAUUCCACCUUUCUUUCAUAGUUGCAUCUGCUUCUUCCCAUUGCUUUCAGGUGUCUUCUAUGAGCCACCUCUGCUGAUUCAUUUGCACACUAGAUGAAGACUUUUGUAGCUUAUAUGAUAAUUAUAAGAAUAAUACACAUAGGCACUUUUAUUGUAAGUGAUAGUGAAUGCAGCUUUGGCCACAAUUUUGUAAUAAAUACAACCCUAUGCUGCUUUUGCAUGUGGAUCAAGAUUAGUCAGUUGAUGGCUCUUGUAACCAAAUUAUUCAAGCAUUUGUGGGCCAUCCUUACAGACACCUCUUCAAAGACCUUGAAGCUCCUUUCAGUACAGGAUUUGUAUUGUAUUCAUUUUCUGAUAAGUUUCCUCUUCAAAAUGUUGCUUUCAAGGUAAUGGUUGCCUUGGCUUCCUGACUAAGUUUGUGGGGUUGGUGCAGUGGAGAUUUCUUUUGGUAGUCAAGCUACAAAAUGAUGGAUCCUUGCAACUAAGACAAGCAUUGAUGACAUUUUUAUAUUUAUUUUAUUUUAUUUUAUGUUUUAUGUUUUUGGCAGCUGUAUCUGCUAGUGAGUGCUCUUCAAAGCAACCACUAGUUGCAAUAUAAAUGCAAGUGUAAUGAAGCUGUAUUGAUAGAAGAUAGCUUCUAUAAUCUUGUCUGAAAACUAGGCAUACUUUGAACUGGUAUGGCUACUUCAGUAAAAACCUCCUGCAUGGAAAAGACACCAUGUUAGCAGUCAGAAAUCUUAUCAAAAUUUAUUCACAAAUAAAAGAGAGAGAGAGAGCUUUCAUCAUAUAUUUUCCUGGCUGGGAAAGAGAUAGAAGUGAGAAAUUUUAGCAAAUAUCCUAAAUACAUCGGUCUAAAGGUUCUCCUGGAAGGGAAAGGAUAUUCAUCAGAUAUAGGACAUGAAUACAUAUGUCAUUAGGUUCUAGUUUACCAUCAUACUGGUCAUUGAUUACAUUUAACAUAUCUCCAUCCACAGAAACCAUGAAGUGUUUGGUUUUACCCUUGCUUGAUUUACUACAAGCCAGUAUUGGUGAAUUAUUAUAAGCUUUGGAUGCAUUAUUACAGUUGUAAAACAAUCAGUGCCAGGGUUCUAUCUUUCUCUGUAACUUCAUCUCAAGUUUCCUUGAGAUGGUAGAUGGUCUCUGUUCUUCUCCUAAAUCUAUUAACACUGGUGUUCCUCAGGGCUCUCUCCUGUUACUCACUCUCUUCUUAUUAUUCAUCAAUGAUUUAAACCAAACUUCUUGUCCUAUCCACUCCAACACUGAUGAUACCACCUUGCACUUUUACAAGUCUUUUCAUAGACAUCCAACCCUUCAGGAAGUAAACAGUUCAUGCAGGGAAGCCACAGAAUGCCUGACUUCUGAUCUCGCUAAAAUUUCUGAUUGGGGCAGAGCAAAGUCUAUUGUUCAGUAUCUCAAAAACUCAAUUUCUUCAUCUAUCAACUCAACAGAACCUUCCAGACAACUAUUCCUUCUUCAAUGACACUCAACUGUCCCCCUCUUCUACACUGAACAUCCUUGAUCUGUCCUUUACUUAUAAUCUAAACAAGAAGCUUCACAUCUCAACUCAAGCUAAAAUAACUUAUAUGAAGUUAGGCAUUCUGAGAUGUCUCUGCCAGUGUUUCUCACUCUUUCAGCUGCUAACUCUGUAUAGGGGCCUUAUCUUUCCAUGUAUGGAGUGUGCUUCAUGUCUUGGGUGGGGUUCCACUCUUCUAGACAGGAUGGAAUCAAAAGCUUUUUGUCUCAUCAACUCCUAUCCUCUAACUGACUGUCUUCAGCUUCUUUCUCAUUAUUGCAAUAUUGCAUCUCUUGCUGUCUUCUCUGGAAAACUCGGGAACUUCCUGCCUGCUCCUGUAUGACUUGAAGUCCUUCAAGAGGGAGGCUUCAAGACACUUAUCCUUACCUUUUUGACUACUGCUUUGGACCCUAUUUAGGAACAGACAUCUCAGUGGGACUUUUUUUUUUUUUUUAAUUGGAUUUUUGUUGCCCUUGGUCAGUAUCCCUCCUACAUGAAAAAAAAAAAUUGCUAUGUGACCAAGAGAUCUUCAUACAUUUGACUGAUUUGAACAUUUUGUAUUUUGAAUUACAGAUUUUUAUUUUCAUGCCUCUAUACAUAUUUAUAGAAAUAUUAAUUGUCAACCUCUUUGUUUUUGGUCAGCAAUAGUUAAUUGUUUUCAUGAUGUAUAUCUCUCUGUGAUCUCUAUGCUAUUAUCAUUGUCAACAUGCAUUCUUAUAGUCCUCUUGGGUCUCAGAAGCUGCAUGACAUUGUCAUAUGCAUAACAAAUGUUUACUUCAUGUUUUUUCUUGUCAUAUGAUCAUUAGUUUAUUGAGUAUAUGUAUAUGUGUUAGUAUUCAAUAGGUUAAUAAAGAAAACUUUAUUUGAAGCUACUUAAACGUGAAUAAUGUGAAUGUUACCUGGAUUUUUGUAAUUGUUAUGCAUUUUCAGGGUACAGAAGGAAAAAUAUUGUUCCUAUAGCAGAACUAAUAAUGUAUAAGUAUUCCAAAGUAUGUGUGAUUAAUAUUCAUGUGAUCAAAUAUUGACAUGAAUUGAUUAUGAAAGAAACUUGUCAAUUGUGUUGUAAUGAUUAAAUGUAAAAUAGUUAACCAGAAACAAUAAAAUACAGAUGUGUAACAAUGUAAAAUGAGUGUGUUUAUAAGGACAUGUUUUUUGUUAUGUAAUACACUGAUCUCUCUUAAAA